ACUCGCUCUCAUGUAUAAAAGUUGCUUAAUGUUACAACAACGAGAUCGACGCGAUGAAACGCGAUAUGCAAACCGAAAUAAAGUGGCAAAGAAACAAGCAGAAGUUAAACCCGGUCCACGAUUUAAUUGCUUUUUCCAACCGGUUGGUUCAAGGCCAUAAGGUUUUAGUUAAUGCCAGGGUACCCAAGAAUCGUACUUGAUCAUACCUUAGAUAUUGGAUUUAUUUCAACAAAAUAUCGGUGGUGGCCAGGUAACACAACGAUUAAAAUAAGUGAGUGGGGAUCAUAUAUCUAUAACUCUGCGUACCCCUUUAAAGUUGCCUUGCAAAGUUACAGUGGACCAGGAAAAGUCCUACCGGAACCUUGAUUGCUUCCAUAGAAGCCACAACGCCACAUUCACUCGCCCUUGCAGCUAACGGUAUGCGCCACAAGAUUGCUAAGAUGAGCUGAUAAGAUACCGAUAGUGUACGAUAGCCAGCAAAGAGACAACGCCAAAACAGGAAACUCUAGAGCUACAAACCACUCAACCCGAGGAAUUGAAACAGAGCUCUCUCCAAAAAUGGCUGCUCCCGUCAUGACCGUCGGCGAGACCAAAGAGCUGCGAGGCUUGAACCUCAUCGCGGCGCAUUCGCAUAUCAGAGGCCUAGGCGUAGAUCCCGACACGUUAGAACCUCGCUCGGCGUCGCAAGGCCUCGUCGGCCAGGAGAAGGCGCGAAAGGCGGCGGCCGUUAUAUUAGAAAUGAUCAAGGUAGGGAAGAUUGCUGGAAGGGCGGUUCUCAUUGCCGGACCUCCAAGCACGGGUAAGACAGCCAUCGCAAUGGGCAUGGCGCAAUCGCUCGGCCCAGACGUACCCUUCACAUCGCUAGCCUCGUCCGAGAUCUUCUCCCUCGAGAUGUCCAAGACAGAAGCCCUAACGCAAGCCUUCCGCAAGUCGAUCGGCGUGCGCAUCAAGGAAGAAUCCGAAAUCAUGGAGGGCGAAGUCGUCGAGAUCCAGAUCGACCGCAGCGUGACGGGCGGUGCUAAGCAGGGCAAGCUCACCAUCAAGACGACCGACAUGGAAGCCGUCUACGACAUGGGCGCCAAGAUGAUCGACGCCAUGACCAAGGAGCGCGUCAUGGCCGGCGACAUCAUCUCCAUCGACAAGGGCUCCGGCAAGAUAACCAAGCUAGGCCGCAGCUACGCCCGCAGCCGUGAUUACGACGCCAUGGGCGCCGAUACGAAGUUCCUGCAGUGCCCGGACGGCGAGCUGCAGAAGCGCAAGGAGGUCGUGCACACCGUCACCCUGCACGAGAUCGACGUAAUCAACUCGCGCACCCAGGGCUUCCUAGCCCUGUUCAGCGGCGACACGGGCGAGAUCCGCAGCGAGAUCCGCGACCAGAUCGACACCAAGGUUGGCGAGUGGAAGGAAGAAGGCAAGGCCGAGAUUGUGCCCGGCGUGCUCUUCAUCGACGAGGUGCACAUGCUCGACAUCGAGUGCUUCAGCUACAUCAACCGCGCGCUCGAGGUCGAUCUCGCCCCCAUCGUCAUCAUGGCCAGCAACCGCGGACACUCCAAGAUCCGCGGGACAGACUACCGCAGCCCCCACGGUCUACCCCUCGAUUUCCUCGACCGAGUCGUUAUCAUCCAGACGCAGACCUACUCGCCCGACGAGAUCCGCCAGAUCCUCGGCCUCCGCGCCACCGAGGAGGAAGUCGACGUAUCAGCCGAUGCCCUAGCCUUACUAACAAAGAUCGGCCAAGAAGCCGGCCUCCGGUACGCCAGCAAUCUAAUCACAACCUCGCAACUCGUCUGCGCCAAGCGCAGGGCCAAGCAAGUAUCCGUCGAAGACGUCCAGCGCAGCUUCAAGCUCUUUUACGAUCCCGCCCGCAGCGUCGGGUUCGUAAACCAGUCAGAGAAGCGGUUGAUCGGUGAAACGGGUGCCGUCGACCUGACAGUGGCUAAUGGGCACGCCGGCGGUGACGCCAUGGAGAUCAGCUGAGCAUAAUCUGGGUGUUUUGUUUCUUCCCCUUUUCAGUGGCGUUACAUGGGAUACCAAAAGCUCGUAGCUUAGGCGAGAACAAGAGAGACAGGCCAAGCAAGCUACUAUUACACUACUACUAUUUACCUACUACUACCGGAUGAGUAAUUUACGAUAUAAAAGUGUAUCAUAGGUACAUCGGCGUAAGCGGAUUGCAAUAUGGAGACUUUUCGAAGUUACAAUUGCUGCUUUCGUAUUAAUUCGAGGUGAUCAAUUGUCGAUGCGAAUCGAAGAUAGAAGUAAUUAUGUGGUGAUACUACAGGGUAUGAUUUUGCAAUCUUAUUAUGCAGUGUAACCAAUUUCACAGCCACAAUAUGACGAGGAUGUCAAUAUGAAGAUGGAU